AUUGUCGCGGAACUUCUCCAAGUAGAUCCAUUGCUCAGAUAACGCAAAAAUGGUGAUCAUUCUCUUUCACUUCUUCUUGAUAUCCAGUGUUGCAGCAGUUGGUCUUGAUUCAGCCUCACCAUAUACACAUGGUUGUCAACCAACGAGCUGCAAGCGCGGCGGUCCCUCCGUCCGUUUCCCCUUCCGAUUGAAAGGCCGGCAACCUGACGGCUGUGGCUAUUCCGGGUUCAAUCUGACGUGCAACAACGACAACCACACGGUGCUGGAGCUUCCCCAAUCGGUGAAGUUGUUGGUGAGGCACAUAGAUUACAAGAAUCAAAGGAUUCAAGUGUAUGCCGAAGACGGUUGCGUUCAGAAUCAGCUUCAAAAUCUCACGUUAUCUUCGUCUUCUUUCAAUCUCAGCUCCGACAACGAUUAUUACCUAACACCGCGAAACAGUACCUUGUUCCAAUGCCCGGAUGGAGGCCAAUCCGACGUUGGCGAUUAUAAUAUCAUCCGUUGCUUAAGUACUAAGCCUGGGUUCUACGUGAAGUACACAUAUUCCGAUUCAAGCACCGAUUUAUUACACUGCCGGAGGACUAUAGAUCUGAGAGAAAUUCCGACAGGGUUGUUAAGGGACAGGAGUAACAAAUUUUACUUCAAUUGGAGUCGACCGGAGUGCGGUUACUGCGAAUCACGCCGCCUAGGUUGUCGACGAAAUGACACCAACGCCUGGGGCUUUGAAUGUUUUGACAUCCCCAUCAAACAUAUGGGUCUAAAAGUGAAGCUGAUGAUUUCAGGUUUAACAAUAGGUGGUUGUUUUCUUGUAUCGAGUCUUGCCGGAUUACUUUGGAUGUAUCAUCUACGUAAAAAAGAGAAGGAUGCUCAACGUAAAAUCGAACAGUUUUUAGAAGACUACAAGGCUCUUAAACCCUCAAGGUAUUCAUAUGCUGAUAUCAAGAGGAUCACGUUCCAAUUCAAGGAAAAACUGGGCCAAGGUGGUUACGGAACUGUGUUCAAAGGAACACUAUCCAAUGAUGUUUCCGUUGCCGUCAAGGUUCUCAACAAUUUCAAAGGGAACGGCGAAGAGUUCAUCAACGAAGUCGGUUCGAUGGGUCGAAUCCACCAUGUCAACGUGACUCGUCUCGUCGGCUUCUGUGCCGACGGAUAUAACCGAGCCCUCGUGUACGAGUACUUACCGAACGAGUCACUAGAGAAGUUCAUAUUCGAAGACAAUGGCGAGAAUCGUUCGUUCAGCUGGGAAAAGACAUACGAGAUUGCUUUAGGUAUCGCCAAAGGCAUCGAGUAUUUACACCAAGGUUGUGAGCAAAGAAUCCUCCAUUUCGACAUCAAACCUCACAACAUCUUGCUGGAUGAGAACUUCAACCCGAAAAUCUCCGAUUUCGGGUUGGCCAAGCUGUGUUCAAAAGAGCAGAGUGCCGUUUCGAUGACAGCGGCAAGAGGAACCAUGGGGUACAUUGCUCCUGAAGUACUGUCAAGGAACUUCGGGAACGUCUCGUACAAGUCGGAUGUUUAUAGCUUCGGGAUGCUGCUGCUGGAGAUGGUGGGAGGACGGAAGAACAUCGACGUGAAAGUGGAGAACGUAAGCCAAGUUUACUUCCCGGAAUGGGUUUACAAUCGGUUAGACAAAGGUGAAGAGUUGGGAAUAAGAACAGAGGAUGAAGAAAAUGACAAGAUAGCGAAGAAGCUUACGAUUGUGGGACUAUGGUGCAUCCAAUGGUAUCCAGUGGAUCGUCCUUCCAUGAAAUCAGUGGUUCAAAUGAUAGAGGGCGAGGCUGAGAUUCUCACAGUUCCACCAAAUCCUUUUGCCUCCAAAGAUGAAAUGAAGCCUAAAAUGCCCAUUAACAGAGACCUACCCACCAUUUCUGAAUAAAAAAAAAUAACUAACCCUUCUUUUCAUAUGUAAUGGGAUAAGGGGGAGAUAUGAUAGUAGGCUGGCCCCAACACCAGAUUGAGAGCAGCUUCCGUGAAGACCUCCGAAUUAUAAAAUAUCCUCCAUGAGACUCGAUCC